AUGAUGGAAUUCAUGCAUGGUCCGAGUGGGGACAAUGUUGUAAAUGUAGCUUUUGAUGAGUUUUUAAAUGUGGCAUGUAGUUUAAAUAAUGAAAAGAGGAAAGAAAACUUAAUAGAGUGGGACAAACAGCCAGGAGCAAGAGAUGCUCAUCCACCUAGGGCUGCGGAACAUUUUAUGCCAUUGGUUGUGAUCGCUGGGGCUGGAGGAAGUGGUCCUGGCGAGAGAAUAUUUAAUUGGGAUCUAAGUAAGGCAUUUCGUUUGAGCGGUUUUAUAUGGAAGGACGAGUGA